CCUCUAUGCAGACCACGGCAAAGAAACAUGCGUGGGUUGAGCUUCGUUUACGCCAUUCUUCCGCUGGUGGGCCUGGCCGUGGCUCAGCUUCCGCCAGGUACUCCCAAAUGUGCAGUUCCAUGCUUUAUCCGUGGGGCUGCGGCGUCGCCAUGCCUGACCAACACGACCUGCCUCUGCACAGAUGAGCACUUUGUCACAUCCAUGGAGACUUGCGUGCGCUCCAGCUGCAUCAUCGAGGACGCUCUUUUGGUUAAGAACGCCUCAAACACAAUCUGUGGCAUUGAGCCACACAAUGCCGGCACCAUGUACACCGAGAUCUCCUCGGUCAUGACGGGGUUUGCUCUGUUCCUGGUCAUCCUGCGGGUCGUGUACAGAAGGGGCAUCACCUCGCUAGGCCUCGGCCCUGACGACUGGACAAUCAUGUUCGUCGCGGCCAGCUGCAUCCCCUGCACGAUACUCAACUCGCGACUGUCCACGUUCGGCAUCGGCAGGGACAUCUGGACCCUCACGCCCUAUCAGAUCACGCAGUUCGGCCUGACCUUCUGGAUCUUGACGCUGCUCUACUUUGCCGACAUGGCGCUGUUGAAGCUGUCGAUCCUGCUGUUCUUCCUCCGCAUCUUUCCAGACCACAAGUUCCGGCGCGUGAUAUGGUUCACGAUAGUCGGCGUCGGACUAUUCGGCCUCUCUUUCGUCCUCGCAGCGCUCUUCCAGUGCUGGCCCUUUAGCUACAACUGGACCCGCUGGAACGACCGAGAUAAUCAGGGGCACUGCGUCAACUACUCCGCGAUCGCCUGGGCCAAUGCCGCCGUCAGCAUCGCGUUGGAUUUCUGGAUGCUGUACCUGCCCAUGUCGCAGGUCAGGUCACUCAACCUGGAUCUCAAGAGAAAGAUUGCCAUCGGUGCUAUGUUCGUUGUCGGCACUUUCGUUACCGUCGUGUCGAUUAUCCGCCUCGCGUCGCUGCUCCAAUUCUCGAGCAGCGAAAAUGUCACCUACGACUACACCGGCAUCUCCACGUGGUCGACGGUCGAGAUCUCCACUGGUGUCAUAUGCGCCUGCAUGCCGUCCAUGCGUCUAAUACUCGCCAGGUUCUGGCCAAACCUCUUCGCCUCCAAGGCAGUAGCCAGCUCUGGAGCACCGUACUACAACAGGGGCGGUUACGACAAGAGGUCUGGGCCCAACAGCACGCAGAAGAGCUACCUGUCCGGCAAAAGCAACAGGGUGUCUGGGGGCAGCCUGAAAUUGUUCAGCGGGCGUGCUGGUGCGGGCGGGUUCAUGGACACGGUCUCGACGUACCCGGGCCGGCUCGAGAGGAUCAAUUCAGAGGAAGAUGAGCUCCAGCUGAGGCCGAUGCCACCGGUGCAUGUAGCCGGCGCAUCUUCGGCGUCCGAGCUGGAUCCGGAGAGGUACCAUGAGGAGGACUCGAAGGUGAUUACCGUCACGACGAGCGUUAAUGUGAAGUUUUAAAAACAGGUUUAGCACAUGUCGAAUAGAAAUUAAUA